GGUUUUGCAAUUUUCCUACGCGACAUUGUUUGACGUAGUGGCAAAGUCAAUUGCAUCAUUAAUGUUUUACUGCAGCUCAGUGAAAACCCCUCACUUCAUAACACAGAGCCCGCGGCAAGGCCAAGCAGCCAGACAUGUUUAUCCGACGCCUAGUUGACCAUCUUCUCAACCAGGUUCUCGUGGAGGGCCUGGCAAACAGUCGCUGGUUCCAGCGCUUCGCUGUCUGGUCGCACGGAGCCAUGAAGGAGCUGCAGGCCAAGUCGAAAGACGGCUCCGCACAUCUGGACACCCACCUCUCGACCUUCAUGGAGGCCGCUAAGCAGAAGUCUGCACAGCUCAAGCAAGACUUCCAGCAGGAGCUGCGCAAAGUGCAGGAGCAGCAGCAGCAGAUGAAGCGGUGAGGCAUGCUGAGGAGCAGGAGCAGCAGCAGAUGAAGCGGUGAGGGAUACUGAGGAGCAGGAGCAGCAGCAGAUGAAGCGGUGAGGCAUGCUGAGGAGCAGGCUGAGGCGGCAAGGGGAGUUUCAUCAACAGCGUCGCGGCGUGGCGCCACCACGAAUAAUAACAUGGCGAUGAGUCUGCUACGGACGUGUGGAUGAGUUCCCAAGGCGAAGGACAAAGACGAAAGAUAACUGUGUGAAGCGAUGCUUGGGGGCGGAUGCCGUGCAAGCAGACAUAUGUGUCUGCAUGGCGCAGGCGGCCUGGCCGGGCUGCCUUUCGGGGAGCCUGAUUGCCUGGUUGGGUUAGAGGCGAGCGCAAGGAGCGCAGCUACACGGGCGGGAACGGCAGGAGCGGGCUGAGCGGGAUGGGCCGCGAGGCAGCUACAAGCACGAAUUUGAUGUGACACUGAAGCAAGGGUCGAGUUAACUGACGCAGGAUGAUACGGAUGUCUAGUCGUCUUGAGAAGUUGAGUGCCGGUGCCGCGGCACCGAGGCAAGCGGCAGAUCGCCGUGAAAUUAGCAGCUUGGAUUGGGGAAGCGAGGUAUGUUCGUCGCCAAGUCCGCCCGAGAGGAACGAGGUCUAUUCAAAGUGGAUCUUUCAGCGGAUGUGGGCAUGCGGGGAUCAUUGUUAAGCAUAUUAAGGCGUACGAGCGCGGGGCAGCCACGCGGCGGGGAGCGCCAUCGGUCGCUAGGGUGUGCGAGACAGUGGUAAGGCAGGUUGGUGAAGUCCCGUAGUCGGUCGCUAGGGUGUCUGAGUGCAUUGACUGCGCCAGUUUCGCAGUUUUGGUGCGCGGAGUGCAAAGGGACUCUGGGGCAGGGGUGCGCUGAGUGCAACGGGACUGCUGCUGUGGUAGGGGUGGUGGUGUCGUGUAACGACUGACAAUA